AUGGAAGAGCUCGUGUUGAUACUGAUCCCAAAGUGCGUGAGCCAGGCAAGGAGAUUGUCAGGCAGCAGCCGGCAUCAGGUACUACCAAAACCGCUAAAACGCUCAAGUGCUUUCGGUGUACGGAGGUUGGCCAUCAUCAGCUUGAUUGCACCAAUGACCCGAUCUGCUACAAAUGCAAGUUACCUGGGCACAUGGCUGUGGAGUGUAGCAGUUUUACUAGCACGAAGUUGAAGAUGUAUGGUUUUGCGGUUCCCAAUCAAGGAUUCUACUCUAUUGAAAUUCCAGACAAGGAGAAAUCUAGAAAUUUCAGCGGUCUAGUUACAGUUUUGGCAGGAGAAGCUUCGGAGGAGAGAGUGGCUGAGGAACUAAUGAACUUGGUCAAUGAGAAGUGUAACGACCCGGCCCGGGAAAACAGUUAAGAUCUAUUCUACAUGUUGAGUAAACCACACCUGCUAAAUAACUAUCUUGCGCUUUCGUCCUCGCUUCGCGCAAAAAGGGUUAACCCGGAGUUACUAGCCUUCCCAGGGCCAACUAUUUAAGCUGGUCUGCCUCAUUAUCGGUAACUGAUAUGGGACUAACCCUCGGGUGAACAGUGUUCCGCGUAGCUACAGUAACCGACGUGCUACAGUACCGCGUCCCAACACUAUUCGCCUUGGCCCACUUGCCCACUUAACAAGGCUGGGAUGUCACAAGAAGUGGGAUUUCCAGGUUAGAAAAUUCACUUCAAGUGAGUACAGAGUUGCCUUCCCUGGUCAAAAGGCUCUAGAUACCUUCUCCAAACUUUCAGAAAUUGUGCUUCCCAUUCAUGAUUACCAAAUCCAAGGUGGACCCGGCUGCUUCUGCUGUGUUACAAUCUGCUUGGAUUAAGGUACAUGGAGUACCAAGCUUUGCUAGAGAAGAAGAUAUCAUCAGGGAAAUCACAUCCUUAGUGGUUGAGCCCAUCAAGGUUGAUGCAUUCAGCUUACUAAGAGACGAACCUGUGAGGGUUAGGAUUAAUUGCAGAGAUCCUUCCAAGAUCAGAAGCAUUAUUGAAAUAUUUUUUAAUGGAGUUGGUUAUGGGAUCAAGUUUAUAUCAGAAAGUACCUCUGGGAGAGUGCAAGGUAAAGGAGAUGAUCCUCCAGGUGAUCAGAACAAGCAUGGAUACAGCUGGAAGAGGGACCUGAUGAGAAAAAACUUGAGGCUAGUCAGGGAGAAUCUCAAGAGGACAGUAUGGAGGACCUGAUAAUAGAUGGUUCACCUGAAGAGACUCUGCCCAAGGAUGUUGUCCCUUUAGCUGCUUAUCAUCCUGAUAUCGGUGUGGUCAAUUUAGAUGGUCAGUUGCAGCAAGGCAGUGAGGAAGUUUCCAAGGUUGACAUGUGCUCUGGGGCUGCAAUCCUCCUUGAUUCAACCAAUAAAUCACAUAGUUCUAUAGGGGUGCAGGGGGCUCAAGACAUUCAGGCUGAUCAAGAUAGUCAGGCGUCUGGUGUUGCCUCUCCUGGACAGCCGGAGUCAAUUGCGGUUCCCACUGGAAAAGUACUAGUUCAUAACCAAGAAGGGGUGUACUUUAUGGAUGCUGCAAAGUGGCCUUCUCUGGAUAUCAAUGAUGCUUCACAAGAUCCAAUCCUGACACAAGAAGAAGACAUCAUGGAUUUCUCUACCCAACUAGAGGAGCCGACUGAUGAGGAAGACUCUCAAGAAUGGGAGAUUCAGAAGAGGAAGAAAAAAUCUGGGAGACAAAUUAAGAAGAGAUUUCCUGCUGUUGCCACCAGAACUAGUGCAAGGGUGCCUAGGGAUGGGGUGCCCAUUGCAGCUAAAGCCAUUGCCAGAGCUCAGAAGAGAAAUGAAACAAUGCAAGAAAUGGCGGCCGUUGCUGGGAGGAGCUGAUCAGGUGGCGAUCGCGAGCCUGGGGGAGAAGCUGAAGUUCUGGCUACAUAACUUUGUGCCAAAUAAUGUAGAGGUCUCAGAUAUUGUGGAGUUUUAAGUGUCGUUUCUUUGUUUGCUGUCUCUAGUAGUUUUCUCUAGUAAUGGGUAUCCCCCAUGUUCUGUACUGAACCUAUAUUCACUUUCAAGAAAAGCAGAGUAAUCUCCUUUCAAA